AUGGGAUUGCUCGAUCUCGAGAAGCACUUCGCCUUCUACGGUGCUUACCACAGCAACCCAAUCAACAUCGUAAUCCACAUCUGCUUGGAUAAGAAAUCUGGUGAAGAGAGUGGAUUUGAGGAAACCCACAUUGUGGAAUCAGUUUCAUGGGAUGAUCUUGAGAGAAACGCUGCUAGUAAAGCCGGUGGUUGUUCUAAAAGACAUCACUCCUGGAGAUCUCACCAGCACGACUCUUCUAGAAAAGAUGACGAAUCACCUGGAGACUUGUACGAACUGUGGAGGCAAGAACAGAAUAUCAUAGCUGCAAGACUAGACAAGGAGCUUAAAUCCAGGUGGGAGCUUGAUGAGCUGAUUGAAGAACAGCUGAGCAGAUACCAGUCGCAUUACUUCAAGACCAUGGUUUCAACCUCCUUGAAGGAUGUCUCUAACCUUCUCAUGCCCACCUGGAUACCGCCUCAUGAGCUGGCUGCUGUGUCCUGGCUUGGAUACCGCCUCAUGAGCUGACUCAGGUAUAAAGUGUUGGAACUGGUGAUGAAGAAGCUGCUGAAUCAAACAGAUACAGCAGAGUUUGUGGUCGCAUUUGCAGGGAUUCAAGACGCCAUCCACCAGUUCUUGGAAAUUCUGUCUUCUUAGCAACUCAUAUUGUCCAUGUACAACAGUAUGAAACCUGAAACUAACAGUUUCGCUGACCAUGUCUUGAUAUAGUCAUUGGUAUUAACUCUUUAUAAGCUAUGCAGUAUUGAUCGAUGUUAUGAACAAACCAUUUAUAUUUUUCUCUUCCGAGUGUAUUGUGUUUCCC